AGAGGAGGCAACGGGUACGAAAUACUGUUUGUGUGAAUACUGUUUGUUAUGCAGUGUGCACUAAUAAUUUAACUAUUUAUUGGGAAGACGUGGUAGGAUACAUCUGUGGCCUUGUAAAAGCUCAACGACGCCCACUAGUGUUUUGAAGACGUAACCACUGUGUGCACAAGGAUAGACGGUUUUUGGGUCUAUCAGGGGGACUCAGCAGGUAGCAUACUCUGUGGAGCUAAGCUUAAUUUGUAUUCCAGAAAAAAUAGGCCUAUUAAAUGGACCCCAUCUCUAACAGCUGGAGUUUAAACUUGUAACUCUGGAAGUAACCCUGGAAUGCUGUGAUGCAACAAUGUAGCCUCAAUGGAAUUUCAGUUUCACCCCUUUCAUGUUUUGGGCCACCUGUGGUGAAGUAUCAUGACAUGGUUUAGCUCUACACUCUGUACAACCACCCUUGGUCGUUGUAUCAGAAGUCUAGACACAGAAUUGAACAUGUGGAAGUUGGCACUGUGGACAGGACUCCUCUGUGGUCAUCUCUGUGGCGCGUCUCCAAACAGAGGGGACUUGGAGGAGCUGGAGUCCCUUAGCUCAAUGACUGUCAAACACAGCUCCCCCUGCAGCACCACCUGCGGACUGGGCAUCCGUGUUCAGGAGCUGUGCCCAGUGAGUGGCGGGGGGCAGUGUUAUCAGCGCCAGGUGAAGUGCCUGGACACCUGGCAGUGCGGCAUGAAGACACUUACCGUCCCAGCAGGGGGGCGCGUCGAGCUGGACUGCCUGGGAGAGGUGAUGGGAGCCAUGGGCCGUUUCGCCUUCAUUGUGUCCUGGCGGUUUGCUCGCGGCAUAAUCACUACAGACAGCUCGCUAUUCUCGCGUCUAGCAGUGCCCCAGUUGUCGCAGCUCAAGCUGGACCCACUGCAGGAGCAACACGCAGGCACAUACUGCUGCGAUGUGCUUGACAAAACCCACCGCCGCCUGAAGCGCACCUACUAUGGCCUCAAGGUCAUGCCACCAGAGCUGCUCCGCCUGGACUUCACCAGUGCUCUGGAGAAAUGGGACGAGGUCUCAGUCUCGACCAACGGUAGCCAGACGUCGGUGCUGUCCAGCAGCGGUGUGAAGAACCCGCUCAUGAUCAGCCUCACAGUCACCGCAGCCGUGGCGGUGCUCCUCCUGUUGCUGUUCCUCUGGGAGACCUACAGGAAUGGGCCAGCAGGCCCCAUGACCAGACCCACAAAGCAGAGCGGCCGCCAGCACGGACAUAUCACCUGCAAAGAUUUUGAAGAGCAGAUCGGUCCAGGGCCACUUUCAGUUAUAUGGGACUAUCUAACACGCAAUGGACUCUCCCAAACUAUGGUCAUCACAGACACAGAAAAUCAAACUCUACUGUAGAUGUGUCAAACAAACAAACAAUUAAAUCCAAAUAAAUCCAAAUACA